AUGGAAGCGAGUGGAGAUGGCGACCAACGACGCAAGUUAGGCAUGGAAGACGAUGACUGGCAGGACACGGAAAACUCGUACCGAGGGCCUACGUUAGGACCUGAUCCAACUACGGCGCCAGAUUUCAUGACAACCGAUGGACCCACUCCACCAGCAAGGCCACCACUAGUGGCAAGAAACGGAAGCCCCACCAUGAACGGCAGAUUAGAUACCAACGGCCAGGAAUUAGAAGAAGAUGAGCUCGAGGGCACAGCAGCAGUCCUAUUAUCUUCCCAAGUCAACGGCGGCAGCGACUCGAACGCCGCAAAAGCUGGUAGACUGCUCACAUUUGCUGACGAGACUGGUGGCUCGCUAGUGGAGAUGACAUAUUCCAAUCGAACACACUACAGCAAGCAAGCCGGACCGGGCGCAGUACAAGGUGUCCCCAAGGGUAGUUGUUGCGUGGUCCAAUAA